AUGGCUGAGGUUCCGCCAGAGCAGAUUGGCGCCCAAUCUCACAGGCAACCGCAUGCCUUCCCUCCAACAUUCGCAAGUGCCUCGAAGGAAUCACAAGAUGGUGAAUCCAAGGCGCCGUUGCCCAAAGGCGUUGUCCUCGACAAAGAUGGCAAACCUUGCCGAACCUGCACCUCUAUCGCCUCAUGGCGUGCGCUAACGAAGCUACAAUCGCAAACCUCACCGUCUUCUUCCUCCUCAAAUACCAGCCCAGCGACGAAAUCCACGCCAGCCACUGCCUCUCCCGCAACUACACCGCUCAACGAAACGCCCUCAGACUGCCCGCCCGAUGUCGAACAGCUCGGUCGCUCCACAUGGACACUUCUACACUCUAUGGCCGCCACAUACCCCGAGAAAGCAGACACGCAGCAGCAACAAGACAUGCAGGGCUUCCUGAAGUUCUUCUCCAAACUCUAUCCGUGUUGGGUAUGUGCAGAUGAUUUUCGGGAUUGGAUGGCGCACCCAAGCGGGCGCAAUCAGCCGAAGCUAGGCGGGCGGAAGGAGUUCGGGUGGUGGAUGUGUGAGGCACAUAAUGAGGUCAAUCGGAAGCUAGGGAAGAAGGAGUUUGAUUGUCGGUUCUGGGAGGAGAGGUGGAGGACCGGGUGGAAGGAUGGCCGGUGCGACUGA